AUGGCACCAAAAAAGAAUAAGAAAAGUAAUAAGUUGGCUCGAAUGAGCGACGAAGAAAAGUUGCGAUACCUGCAGCACCGGGCAGCCAUAGAAGAAGAGACGAAACGACGGAAAGAACAAUUAGUCGCCACGUACUUAAAGAGUAAGUUGAAAAAAGAAGAAGCGUUUACCCGGCUAAAUACUGCCAAACUCAACCAGCAAUGGCGACACAACUUGCGGCAAAUCAAGUGCAAGGAGCUCAAAGACGAAAUGAUGACGAUGGAAAACCGAUUCCAAAUCUUAUUAGACUGCAAAAACGACCACAUAGACAUGUUAUUGAGAGACUUAGAAGAUGCUGAGGAACAAAAUCUAAAACAAUACGGAGCACAUGCUGAGAUCGUAUCUCAAUUCUUGAGUAAGUUACAGUGCAGUUAG